GGUGUCACACUGGAGACCACUAGUGGCGUGGUGGUGCUGAUGCGCCGCAGUUUCCUGUGGAUGCGACGAAAUGUGGGCUACUUUGCCUGGUGCGUUGGUGGGGGUGAAUAUUGAUGAUGAAGGUUGACAGGAUGUGCUGGGUGUCGGCAGGGGUUCGAACGCGACGCUCGUACUCAGCGUGAUGUGGAGGAAGGGGGUUGUGCGUGGCGUGUGCACAACGGGCCAUUCUAUCUGUGCAAGAGGUGGCAACCCCCUGAAUUUUGGGACCCACCUGAAAACAUGGCGUAAUGCGUCUUGUUCUGCCUCGAGGAAGGGAAAGUCACCAGCGCCGUGUCGGAUCGGGAGGAAUACAAGGAUUUAGCAGGGAGCACUGUUUAGGUGAAUAGGUUGUAGAUUGUUUCCGCCGCUCAGAGUUACACAUUUUCGGACGACCGUGUUUGGCAGGGACAGGGUCAAUAGAGGACAGGCCGUGUUUUUCGGAGUUUAUGAGUUGUUCAUUUCAGAGUUUUUAGUUUGGAAGGCAGCGUGUGCCGUGAGGGCGGGUUGGAUUUUUUCUUGCACAGAACUUAGUUGCUGAGACAUUGAGUUCAGUUCUUUGAGUCGACAUGGGGCUUGAAUCGUGGAUGUUGGUUGAGGACCAAGGAGCGAAGCUGAGUCCGGAUUCCGACAUUAAAUUGAACCAGGAGCAAGCUCUCCUCACGCCGUAUCAGCUAGGACCCUUUGCGCUCUCCCACAGGAUAGUUCAUGCUCCAAUGACAAGGUGUAGGUGUGAUGGUGGCGUUCCUCAUCCUGCAACCCUUCUGUACUAUGCUCAACGUGCCUCUUCCGGCGGACUUCUUAUUGGUGAAGCCACGCAGGUCAUGGCUUCAGAAUCAGAGUAUCCAGAUGUUCCUGGAAUUUAUACGCAAGAGCAAGUUGAUGCCUGGAGACCUGUUGUUAAAGCUGUCCAUGAUAAGAACGCCAUCUUCUUUUCGCAACUUUGGCACUCAGGACGAAGCAAGCUCUCUGGCUGUGAACAGCGGAUUUUGGUGCAGAAAUUCCGUUGUGCUGCACGCAAUUCAAUCAUGGCAGGUUUUGAUGGGGUAGAAAUUCAUGGUGCUCAUGGUUAUUUGGUGGGUCAUGAGCUAGUCAGAGAACAUGGAGAGUCAGGACUUGAGAGUAGUGUACAGCAAAAUGCAUGCAGGGACGCAUUGGAGAUUGUUGGGGCCGUUGUUGAAGAGAUUGGAGCUUCUCGUGUUGGUUUCAGGUUUUCUCCUUAUACUGAGUAUGAAGAAGCUAAAACUUCUGAUCAAAUAGAGCUCGGAGUUUUUCUGGCGAAAGCGUUGAACAAGUACAACAUCCUUUACAUCCAUGUUCUGGAAAGUAGAAGCACAACUGUAGCUCAUGAUAAGAAUGCGACCAUGGAACCUUUUCGUAACAAUUUUAAGGGAAGUCUUGUCACUGCCGGAGGGUAUACAAGAGAAGAAGGCAAUGCAGCAAUCGCAUGUGGGAGAGCAGACCUGAUUGCAUAUGGCAGACUAUUCUUAUCGAAUCCUGAUUUGCCCAAGCGUUUUGAAUUGAAGGCGCCUCUCAAUAGUUAUGACCGUGGCACUUUUUACAAUAACAGCAAGGUAAAAGGAUACACAGACUAUCCUACUCUUGAGGAGUUAAACUUGAAGAUUUGAAGAGACUUUAAAUACAUUGUUCUUCUCCGAACCAGCUUCACCUUACAUCUGCUAGAGGGCGCAGCAAUUAGUGAUUGCACUCUGUUAAGCAGAUAUCAUCUGCACUUCUGUGUAGAGUCCUUGGAAAUGUCAGAGCUAUGCUUUGGCAGAACAAUGGGGCAGAACUGACGUGGAAAUCACAACUAGUUUGGCUUAAGACAUUUUUCCUUCGGUACACAUUCCUUCAUUGACUUCGCAUUAGUAAUACCUGCAAGGUAAAAAUAUUGCUGAAUUGAAUGUACAGUGUGCAUGCUUACAUGCCCAUUUCCUCCCAAUAUCAUUGUUGAUUUUGAAUCUAUACAAGCAAUUGAACAA